GGAAGACGUUCGUCUUCGAUGAACGGCUGGGAAGGCAAAGGAAGCGGAGACGAAGACGCAGGUUCGCGAUCGACGCUGGGCGGCCCAGGACAACGUCACAGAUUCAAAACGAAGCUUAGGAAGAGCGCGGUACCGGAACUUGGCACGGUUCUCCCCUCGUCGCCGGCGGACGACUCCUCGUGGGCUGACUCAGAUCUUCCUGAAAUAAAGUCGCGCUGGACAGGUGAUCGGCGAGCGUCGAAAUUUUCGACCAACUUUGACGUAAUUGAGAAGGACGGCUGUGCGCGACGCUUGGGUACACAUCAACCUAGAGGGCAUUCUUUGCGACGUUGCAAGGCCAUGUAAAAAUAAUUAUUUCAAAUUUUAGAAUACUCGAAUUAACGACUGUAAUGACGAUUUUAAUUUAUGUAAUUAAAUAAAGUCGAACAUCGCAGACCUGCGGGUGCGUGAAAAAUGUAAAA